GCUUGAGCUGGCAAAAGAAAACCUUCUGGUUGUGAACAAGCAGUUUCACAAUGUUGCUCAUGAGCUGAAAGAGACCAAGUUGGUUCUUGAAAUUCUUCAAUCAGAACGAGUGUCGAUAUUGUGUGACAUGGAAAAGCUUAAAGAGGAACAAAUCUAUUUAAAGGACUCACAGGAACUUACAUCGCUUCUCCUUGAUUGUGUCGAAGGAGCUGAGGCAGAAUUCCACUCUCUGAGAAGACAAAUGGGGGAGUUGAAGAAAAUGUGCUGUGUUCUUCAACAAACACUUAAUGAAGAACAAGACAUGCUACAGGUGAAGGAAAAGUUGGCUGGUCUCUUAGCUGUGCUAUCCUCACUCUGUGUUUGUGCACAAGAUGAUGGCACUUCUGGAUCGACAAAUGAGUCGACUACUGCUAUGGAAGAUGGAGGGUUAUUAUUGAGAGAUGACAUCAAACAGGUGGAAGAAGAGGUUGAAAAAUAUCAUCGUGAGCUGGAUUCUGACACGUUUGAUGAAUACGAAGAUGCUAACAAAUAUGAAGAAAGAGUAUACCAAAGAUACAAUCCGGACACACCUGCACCUUCUUUUCAAGAGGGAAUGGAAUUUGCUAGUAUUCAAGUGGCCAAGUAUGCCAUUAGGGAUCAUGCCGUGAAGGACAACAAGAAUUUGAGGUUGGUAACAAAUUCAAAGAAGGUUUUGAAAGCCAAGUGUCGGUGGCCGGAUUGUGAGUUUUCACUCAUAGUGCGCUUCGUCGAGAACGUGGAUAAGGCUGUACUGAGAUCAUACAAACCCCACAACUUCCCUACUCAUGUCGAAAACAGAUGCAUAGAUGCUGAAGUAAUUGCAGCAAUAUUUAAGGAUAGAUUGCUCACCAUCCCCAGGUUGACAAGUAUAGAUAUUCAGAAGAUGGUCGAGAGGGAGAUGGGUGUUGGUGUGAGUGGAUAUUUGUGCAACAAGGCCCAAACCAUUGUAGAGACUCUUGAUGUGCAGCCGAGAAGAAGCGAAAGGAUUAGAGUAAAACGAGAACAAAGAUCAACUAGUGAUACACAAGAACUUCAUUCACAAGACUUCGAGGAAGAUGAGGGCUGGAGCUCCACCAUUGACUGAAGAUGCCAGGUUUCUUUAUGUGUUUCAUUUUGAGUUUAUGCCGUGUCGAUUUUAGUUUGCUAGCUUUUUUAUGCGUUUGAGUCGUAUAAGGUCAUACCUGUUAGUCUUAUACGACUCAAACGCAUAAAAAAGCUAGCAAACUAAAACCUGUUAGGCAUA